AAUAUGCGUUGAAAACUUGGUUCAUAUAUUGUGAUGCUAAAAAACCAAGUGAGGAAAUUAAGAAAGAAGUGAAGUGAGAUCUCAAAGUACGGCUAUGCACGCACCAGUGGGAGGUCUCGAUGUCCGAGCAAAUCAACAAUCUGGUGACUUUAUGAUUCAACCUGAGAUGCCUCCUUCUUCAGAGACGAGUAGUAACAACAACAAGAAGCCAACACCACCACAUAAUAAUAAUUCUGAGAAUAAUAUUGAUGAUCAGAAAUUGAGGAAUACAUCAAAUAGGCAAGCAUCUAUUGCAAUGGGAGACUAUAGUGGUGAUGAAUAUGUGUCAGUUGGUGCGGUACCUCUUCCUAGGGUAGAUAAGUUCAAAAAAGUUUCAAUUCUGCCUCUUGUGUUCCUCAUCUUCUAUGAGGUUUCUGGGGGGCCAUUUGGGAUUGAGGAUACUGUGGGUGCUGCUGGUCCUCUUUUAGCCCUUAUCGGCUUCUUGGUCUUCCCCUUCAUAUGGAGUGUUCCUGAGGCAUUAAUAACUGCUGAGAUGGGUACCAUGUUCCCUGAGAAUGGUGGUUAUGUGGUUUGGGUUUCGGCUGCAUUAGGUCCUUAUUGGGGGUUUCAACAAGGUUGGAUGAAAUGGCUAAGUGGGGUUAUUGAUAAUGCACUCUACCCAGUUUUGUUUCUUGAUUAUUUAAAGUCGGCAAUCCCAGCUUUAGGUGGUGGUUUACCGAGAAUCCUAGCCGUGUUAGCUUUGACUAUUAUCCUCACUUACAUGAACUAUAGGGGAUUGACCAUUGUUGGAUGGGUUGCUGUUCUUUUAGGAAUUUUCUCAAUUCUUCCUUUCGUAGUUAUGGGGCUUGUGGCAAUUCCAAAGCUGGAGCCUUCUAGAUGGUUAGAGGUAAAUCUACAUAAUGUGGACUGGAAUUUGUAUUUAAACACUUUAUUUUGGAAUCUAAAUUAUUGGGACUCAAUAAGCACCCUUGUUGGUGAGGUGGACAACCCAAAGAGAACACUUCCAAAGGCUCUGCUUUAUGCUUUGAUAUUGGUAGUUCUUGGAUAUUUCUUCCCUCUUUUAAUUGGUACUGGUGCUGUUCCAGUCAACCGUGACUUGUGGACUGAUGGGUAUUUCUCGGAUAUUGCUAAAAUUAUUGGGGGAGUUUGGUUGAGAUGGUGGGUCCAAGGUGCUUCAGCAAUGUCGAAUAUGGGGAUGUUUGUAGCUGAGAUGAGCAGUGACUCUUUCCAACUUUUGGGUAUGGCAGAACGAGGGAUGCUACCUGAGUUCUUUGGCAAGAGGUCUCGUUACGGAACUCCUCUAAUAGGGAUUUUAUUCUCAGCUUCUGGUGUGCUCUUGCUGUCAUGUCUUAGCUUUCAAGAGAUUGUAGCAGCAGAGAAUUUCUUGUACUGUUUUGGAAUGAUUUUGGAAUUCCUAGCAUUUGUAUGGUUACGAGUAAAACAUCCAUUUGCAUCUCGGCCUUACAAGAUACCCGUGGGAACAAUUGGAGCCAUUCUUAUGUGUAUUCCUCCAACUAUAUUGAUCUGCAUUGUGUUGGCUCUUUCUACACUCAAGGUAUUUCUUGUAAGUAUUGGUGCUGUGGUGAUUGGCCUUGUGAUGCAGCCCUGUCUCAAGUAUGUGGAGAGAAAGAGAUGGAUCAAGUUCUCCAUUAGUUCUGACCUCCCAGAUCUUCAUGGUAGUAAUCAAGCCAGCAAUGAAGCCUUAAUAGAUUAAUGUGUUCUGAUUUAUAAAUAUGCACUGAAAAUAUUCCACUGUGAUGGUGAUAAGCUGUGUGACUGGAACCCACAUGCCACAAUUAUCAAAUUGGCAGAGUAUUUGUUGACAACUGGAAUGCAAGGUAGCACUGUUAUCUAAUUUACUCAUUUGCAUUCUUUUGGCACGUAGCUAUUUGCAGUUACUAGCUGUUUAUCAUCUUUGUUUUUUGUCUGAUGAUAGAUGGGAGGGAGGAUUGAAAGUUGAGACACUAGUGAAUGUACAAGGAAGACAUAAAUUUGGUUUUAGUAGAUUUCAACACUGUUUCUUUUUUAAUUAAUUCCUGACUUUCAGUAUUGACACAAUGUUGGAAUGAAGGAUUGUGAUUUUAGUAAUCUUUAAAAUAAGUUAUUACAUGUUGGGGAAGCAUCUUUGCUUUGCUAA